AUACACACAAACAUAAUUGUACCGCGUGUGUAUCGUAAACGGAAGCCGCGUGCUUUUCUUUACGUCGCACCGUUUGAUUGCUUUGCUUUUACGGAUAUAUGGAAGAUAAGAAAUAUGGACAAAUAUAUUGUCAAGCUACCUAGAUGCGAUAGCCACGCUACCUCUUCUGAUAGACGUAUGAAACAAGCAAGCAUAACAUCUUUAAAGAGAGUUGUGACUACAGAUGAGAUUGCCUCAAUCAAGGAAAAACUGUAUGUGAAAGAUCAAAAUGAAACUGUCCUACUUGAGUGUUUGGAGAUUUUGAGUAAGAAGAUUCCUUCAAGAAAGAUUAUAAUUGAAAGCAAAAUAGGUCGCAUAGUUAAACGGUUACGCUGCCACAAAGAUACUAAAGUUAGACAACUGGCUCAGAGAGUUUGUAAAGAAUGGAACAACUUUUUCAAAACUCAAAAUAAUCUCGUUCCAGUAGAAGUAAAAUAUGACUUAGCGACAAUGAAAAAAAGAGAAACUGUUAAGAAGUUCAUUGCUCAAUCUUUUGAAUUAGAGAGUAACUCUAAAUUGGUUUGUGAUCUUGAAUCCAGUGUGUUUUCUCACUGUAAAAAGCUGGUUAAUAAUCAGUACCAAAACAUUUCCAGAAAGUUGGUUUUUGCAUUGAAGUCAAAGGAAACCCAAAGGAAUCUAUUAUCAAGAUCAAUAACUCCAAGUGAAUUAGUGCAAGAAAUUGCUGGAAAAUUGCCAACAGUUUGAUAAUUGAAUGGUUUCUACAUUCAUCUGAACUAUUUGACCAAAACAAUUUCCUUUUACAUACUUGUCUAUUAUUCAUACAUAUAAAGUCUAUACCCAUCUGUACUACUUCUGUAAAAAUUUAACACAUAAUAUCUGUAUUGUUUGUAUUGGAAAAUUAUGUAAGAAAUCAAGCAACAUAUUAAUAAAUUCUGUAUAUAAAUGUAUAUAAAUUUUGUAUAGACUUAAUGAAUUGUAUACAUAAAGAUAUUUAGAAUUGCUGUUGAGGAAACAGCGAAUACAAAACAGCAUGUGAUCUCAGCAUCCAACUUAAAUUUUAUCAUAAUUCCCCAGUUUCCAAUGCACACAUUCACAUGCAUGUACACGUGUACACAUAUGCACACACACACACUCUCUCUCUCUCUCUCUCUCUCUCUUAAAUUUGAGAGCUUGAAUUCCCCAAACUGCUUUAACAAUACGAAGUAUUUAAGCAUUUGAAUGUCUGUGAUGUGUUAUUGUUAAUAUAAAUAUAUAACUUUUCAGAUGAUACUACUAAUGCCUGUAUAAGCAUCAGUUGGAUGAUUUGUUUCAAAUUUUGGCACAAGGCCAGCAGUUUUGAGGAAAAGGAUAAGUUAGUUACAUCAACCCCAGUGUGUAACUGGCACUUAUUUUAUCAACCCUGAAAGGAUGAAAGGCAAAGUCAACCUUGACAGAAUUUGAACUCGUAACGUACAGACAAACAAAAAUGCAACUAAGCAUUUUGCCCAGCAUGCUAACCAUUUUGCCAGUUUGCCAAUGGUUACAUAAUUGAUAAGAACUUUACUUUCCUUUGUUUGGAAAUAAAUGUUCCUAGUUCAAAUCUAGUUUGGUAUAUGUAUAUAUAUGUCCAGGAACGAAACAUUUAAUGACAAAAAAGGUAUCAAACCAAUUGAGACAUAAAUAUAAAUAUUAACAGAAAUGUUUCAUAGUUUAAAGACGUUAAUAUUCUAAAAAGUUAUCAUAUCACUAAGUAUGUUUUAGAAAGAAAAAUUAAUUUCUUGUUUCAUAUUCUGUAAUGUUGUUUACAUAGUUUUCUUUACACUUGAAUUGUCAUGUGUAUACUACUGUUAGAAUAACAGCAGAUGUCCAUAAGUUGUUUAAAAACCAGACAACAGAGCACAUAACUUUGGCUCCAUUAGCUACUGAAUAACAUUAAAUCUAGAUUCGAAAUCACAGUUCUUCAACUGUUGGAUUAAUGCUUGAACAGAUAUUUUAACAUCCAUAUAUGAGUACAGACAUGGUUGUGUAGUUAUAAAGUUUCUUUCAUGACCAUGUGGUUUCAGGUUCAGUCCCACUACAUGGUGCCUUGGGCAAGUGUCUUCUGCUAUCACUCUGAGCUGGUUAAAACCAUGUGGGUGAAUUUGGAAGACAGAAAUUGAAAGAAGCCUGUCAUGUGUGUGUGUA